GCCUUUGACAAUUGAACAUUCCACUUGCGAAGAUGAAGGCGCAUUACCUGCUACUCGCAUGCCUUGCGGUCACGAGCGGAAUGCCGACAGGCAAGGAAGAUGGGGUCAUGGAGAAGUUCAUAUCAACGUUGCGAGAUUGUGUGGAGACUGACACCAUGCUGUGUUUGAAGGAAAAGGCAAUGAAGUUCACCGAAAACCUGGCUGUUGCUAAGGACUUCAGCGUUGUUGAUGGGGUCACCUUCUCCAGGACCGGCUCGCCCAGAUCAGCUCGCAGCUACGACCCCCUGCCAGAGGAACCCCAGGCCAGAGAACUCCAGGUCGAAGAGAGGAUCAUGGACAACGUGGUAGACUUCCUGGACAGCCAUGCAUUGCAAUUGAGGAUGCCCAAAUCUUUUACGGAAGACAAUUCUAUUGAAGAAGAAGGCCGUGGUAAGAAGAAGAAGAAGCUGAAGAAACUCCUUCCCAUCCUGGCUCUGAUCAAGCUGAAGUUAGCCGCGCUCGUACCACUGUUUCUCGGCAUCAUCGCGUUCGCAGUAUUCAAGGCGUACAUCCUUGGCAAGAUCGCCUUCAUCGCCGCUGCUUUUGGGGCACUGAAGAAGCUUCUGGAAUCUAAAUCGAAGAGCGGAGGUGGUGGUGGAUGGUCUGAACCAUCUCACGAAGAGCACGGUUGGGAGAGCGGCGGCGGUGGCGGUGGAUGGGGCAGGUCACAGGACAUCGCCCAAAACAUGGCAUACGCCGGCCAUAUCAAACAAGCCUAAUGCUAUGAUAGCAUAAAAUCAUAGCUAAAUUUUGUGGGAAAGCAAGAGCUGGAUGAAUACCAGUAAACCAGCUUUUCUAUUCCACAAACAAAACUCUAUGUUGCUAACUAAUUUAUUAUUACCAUCUAAGUACUUAUUUAUUGUUAUGUAUGACCACCGUUUUUACUGAGAUUAGUGUGCGUGUAUCAGUAUUUUUUAUUUUAAUAUAUUUUUUUUUAUUUAUAAAUAUGUCUUUUUGUAUAUAAGUAGUUAUUAUGUAUUAUUUUCUUACUUUUUAGUUUUAAAGCUUUAAUAAGUUCUCGACUGAUUUUUAGUUUAAUUUUUUUUUUUAAUAUCUUUAUGUAAUAUUUUUUCUUUAUUUAUAAAUUUAUUUAAGUAUGUACUUAUUUUUAUGCUUUAAAUAAUCAUUUUUUUAUAGGAAAUAGCGUGUGAUCACCAAAUACUUUUAAGUUUUUUUUGUCCCAAAGAUUUAUUUAUUUUUAUUAUACUAUAUUUUAUUUAAUUUUUUCUCUUAGUUAUAUUAUGUUUACCGACUUAUAAUUAUGCGUGCGAGUGAAACGAGUCAUAUUUAUUACGAGAUAUAUUUAUUAAUCGAAACGGAAACUGUUGAGAAGUUACUGUUUUACGAUAAAACCACGUAAAAAAUAAAAUAUUGUUUUCAAA